AGACUUCACGCACUCUCUAAUUGGAAAGUCGAAAUGAAUUUUCUGCACCAGUUAGUCACAGCGUGGGAUCUCUAAAUAGCUAGACAACGCUGCCUUAUUAGUUUAAAAUGAUCCUGGUAAUGAUUCGGAACAUAGUGUUCUUAGUAUUAGGCAUAAUUAUAGGCGUGCGACUCACGGACUUGGUUGGCUAUCUGAAACUCAACGAUUUGAGGGCAAGUGAAAAGGCGGCGCUUCUGACAUAUCCGGUGGCAACGGAGGAGCACCUGGCCAUCUGGCUGAGACGGGAGGUGCGAAUACUCUGCCUGGUGCUCACCAUGCCAUCUGCUCACAGGACGAAGGCAGCUCGUGUGAAUCGAACAUGGGGCGCCCGCUGCAAUAAGCUGAUCUUCAUGAGCACCAAAACGGAUCCCCACCUGAAUAUUCUCAAGAUUAACAUUUCCGAAUCGCGGAGUAAUCUGUACGCGAAAGUACGCACAGGAAUGUCGUAUGUCCACAAGCAUCACUUGAAUGAUUACGACUGGUUUGUGAAGGCCGAUGAUGACACAUACAUUGUGAUGGAGAAUCUGCGUCUGUUCCUUUAUCCCUACGACCCCGAAUCGUCUGUGUACUUUGGCUGCCGCUUCAAGUCGUCCUAUUCCCAGGGUUACAUGUCCGGUGGUGGGGGAUAUGUGCUCAGCCGGGACGCACUUCGUCGCCUGAAUUUGUUUGCCCUGAACAGCACCACCACCUGCAAGCUGAACGGUGAUUCUGAGGACCUUCAGAUUGGACACUGCCUGCAGGACGUGGGUGUGAUAGCGGGUGAUACGCGGGACUUUCAAGGACAUCACCGCUUCCUGCCCAUCAGUCCGUGGGAUUUAAUUCCCUCCAUCGGAGUUGGUUCUUGGACGGAUGGCUACUUCUUUCACAAGCCAAAUAGAAGCGACUGCUGCUCUGCAUCGGCCAUAACCUUUCAUUAUGUCAAAGACGUCGAGUUUGAGUUUUUUGAAUUCUUUCUGUAUUACCUGAGGGUCUUUGGACUACACAGGACCCAAAGGGCACUACCAUCGCGUUUGGGCUUCAGGCAGAUGAACGAGCGUCUGCAAUACUGGUCCCACCAAGUCACCGACAAUAAAGGAUAGCAAACAAUAAA